AUGGCCACCGAAUUGGAUAACAUCUUUCUGAUUGUGACAAUAGUCGAAUUCAUCAUCGGCAUGCUGGGGAAUGCGUUCAUUGGACUGGUAAACUGCUCUGAUGGGAUCAAGAACCUAAAGGUCUUCUCAGCUGACUUCAUCCUCACCUGCUUGGCUAGCUCCACAAUUGUUCAACUGUUGGUGAUGCUGUUUAAUUCAUGUCUAGUUGAAUUUGAUCCAUACUUCUAUACCACAUAUAGAAUACGACAACUUGCUGGUAUGCUUUUGUACAUGCUUAAUGACUUGACAACCUGGCUUGCCACCUGCCUAAGUGUUUUCUAUUUCUUUAAGAUAGCCCACUUCCCCCACUCCCUUUUCCUCUGGCUGAGGUGGAGAAUGAACAGAGUGAUUGCUUUGCUUCUUACACUGUCUUUGUUCUUACUGAUUUUUGAAUGUUCAUUGGUAUAUAUGCUUGCUGAUAUCACAAUGAAUAUAAUACGUAAAAGUAAUCUGACUUUAUAUUUAGAUGAAAAUAAAACUCUCUAUGAUAAAUUCUCUACGAUAAGCACUCUUCUUAGCUUGAUCAAUUUGAUCCCCUUUUCUCUGUGCCUGACCUCAUUGCUUUUCUUAUUUCUGUCCUUGGUGAGACACACUAGAAAUUUGAAGCUCAGCUCCUUGGGCUCUAGAGACUCCAGCACAGAGGCCCACAGGAGGGCCAUGAAAAUGGUGAUGUCUUUCCUUUUCCUCUUCAUCUUUCAUUUUUUUUCCUCACAAAUGGCAUGCUGGAUAGUUUUUGUGUCAAGGAACAACAGGUACAUAAAGUUCAUCAUGUUACCCUUCAACGUUUUUCCCUCCUGUCACUCAUUUAUUCUCAUUCUGGGAAACAGUAAGCUGCGACAGACCGCUAUGAGGCUACUCUGGCAUCUUAGAAGCCAUGCAAAAGGACCAAACCCUUCACCUUUAUAG